AUGACCAGCGAAUCUGUUCAGCCGGGUCUUACUCCGCUUUCACAUCUCAAGGCCGUGCCCACUACUUCCAGCUCCAAGCCAGUCGCGUUCAAAGACUCGUCCGUUUUGCAGGCUUCUGCUCAAUUUCGACGUCGGCCUCGAUCAUCAAAGAAUGUCAGUCGCGAUGAGCCGGUUAGCGCCACCAGUGACAAGGCAACUGUUGCAUUGAUAAAACGCGUUCUUUGUCCGCAGGCGGGCAAUCAAAGCGGAGGUGCUUCAACCCCACAGCCACUGGAAGAACUGUUACCUCCUUUGACGAGUUCGAAUGAAGUUGAUCUUCAAUUGUAUGCUUUGAUCGCCAUAAUCAUCAAGGAAUUCGUCUUCUCAUGGUAUUCGAAAAUCACAUCGGAUCAGAACCUUGUCAAGGAAGUCAUUCAAGUGAUCGCGCACUGUACUCGUGCUCUUGAGCAGAGGUUGCGUGAAAGUGACAUUGCGCAGUUGAUCUUGGACGAGGUUCCUGGUCUGAUAGAGGCGCAUAUAAUUUCGUACAGGCUGGCCCGUGAUGAAAGCACACUAUCCGGACUCUCUCCCUCUGUUCGCGAGACGUACCAUGCCUUACAUCCACAUCCCAGUCUUUCACCGAUUCCGGAUCCCUCUGAUAUGCAGACUAUUGCGAAGCUACGCGAGAACGAGGCAAUAUACCGGCAAUUGCUGGUCCAUGGAAUGUUGGCUGUCCUCCUCCCGACGGAGGAUUUGGACAAUGUACCUCUACGGACCAUUAUCGGUGACAUACUAGCAGAUUUAAUACUUGGGAACGCAGUCAGCGAAAAGAUGUGUCAGGGAUGGUUCUUGUGGGAGACUACCACCAAGCUCCUGUCGACAGCAGAACGACUUGAUGAACGUGAGGAGGACACGGCAGACGAUCACCAACAAGAUCGCCUACACAAAUUCGGCCUGCUCAAUAUCAACAAAGAUCCCAUUGACCACUCGUCUUCUCAGAUUCACUCUUUUGGACCAGCAUGGCUCUGGAAUAUCCUGCAAUAUCUGUACCUAACCUAUAUUGCUCUUCAGUUCAUCGUGAUAGGACUCUUUCGCGUGGUGACAAAUGCGAAAGCGAAUGUUUCGUCAGCUGCUACAACGCCAGCAAAUUCCGAGAGCGAGAAAUUGGCUCCCAUGAGCGGCACAUCGACGAAGCGCCCUAUUCUCAAUUAUCGAAUCUAUAGUAUGGUUUCGCAAAUGCUGGACAUUCCUCGGAGAAUGCCAUGGCUGGCAGGUUUUCUCGCGCUUUUCCAAUAUUUCUCUUUGGCGGGACCAGGCAAGUUGGKCGAGACCGGCAGUAUCCUUGAUAGGUUCCUUCACGAGACCAUUCAGGACCAUAUCCUCACCCCCACCUUGAUGCCCAACUUGCUUCGCGCAUCCAGGGCAGCGCUAUUCCCAUCAAAUGCCCGUCCAAGCCAAGCGACAGAUGUAAAUCGGAUAUCGGCUCCGGCUCCGCAGCCUCCGCAAUUGUCCGUGCGGCCCCCUACGCCUACACAACAAGGCCCUACUGGUGAUACAAUCACCCCUGGUAAUGCUGACAGGACGACGCUGGCACCUCUUGCCUCAGCGCCAACGCCAUCCUUAGCUCAGAACCAGGGGCCCUCUGCGCCAGAAAUUGCUGCCAUCAAGCGAGAAUGCGCGAGACGCAUUCUGUCCCUGGUGCCUCGGCCAGUCGCACGGGUCUUCUUUGGUGUUCCAGACAAUGCCUCUGGCCCGACUACCGUUAACGGCUCCACGGGAGAUGACUCGCAGCAGCCACCCUCCCGAGCAUCCUCGCCUGUACCCACUCCACCCAACGAUACUGAAGAGUCCCUCAUCUUGCAAGCAAUUGAGUGUGAUAUUUUGGACCUUUUCGCUGACGAGUAUUGCAACAAGCAUCUAAUCUACUCAAUCAUUGAAACAGUUCUCGUGAAGCUUCUCCCCGAGCUAUCGGACCACAGUAUAGCGGAGCUCAUGGAAGACAGGGGUAUUGCCUUUGCCACAGAUCAAGUUCCAGAGGCAUAG